AUUUACAAAAUACAGAUUUACCUACUUUUUGUCGAUUUAGUCAUAAUAUUCAUAGAAUUCCAUUUAAAAUUUCAAAACAUUUUUCAGCUCUAAAGUUUUAUUUGUUUUGAAUUUGGAUUUUUUUUCUGCUAAGUUCAGUUUUACCACAUCAACGUUAACCUACGUGUUCAUGUUGGUCCAUGAAUAAAUGUACAAUUCAUAACCGAUUUUUCAGAAUAUCAUUUUUGAGUGAUAUUUUAAAUUACAUUGCCACAUAAAUCAAUAUGGCAUUAGUGAAAUUAUUAAAUGGCGAUGAAAAAGAGACCGACAAAGAUAUUACUAAAGAUGGACUAGAAGAAAACGAGCGACUUACUGAAAUAUAUGAAACAUUAUUUGAAAUAGAAAAAAUUAGGAAAAACAAUGAAUCGAUGGUCAAUCAAAUUAAUAGCAUUCAAGAUCAAGUUAUUAAAGAAGGAAUGAUGGAUCCCGAAUCUCAAACAUUACUUUUAAGUUGUUAUGAAACGGCCGAGAGAGAAGUAAUCGAAGAGGAAGAAAUCCUCAGAAAAGCGCUCGCAACAAUUAACGAAGUUAGAAACAUACAUCAUCAGAAAAUAAAAUCAUUGCUUCAGUCUCAAAGAAGUUCCACGUUUUUAAAGCUAUUACAAAUAUCAGCAAUUAGAAUACCUUUGUGGGUACCCUCCAACGAUGAAUUGCCACCCCCACUUUGUGGUGCAAUUCCUCCUGACGUGUCGUAUAUCGCUAAGAGUGGAGAUUUGGUAGCAGCAUUAGUCCAACAAUCGGGCGAAGACCGAUGGAUUGUAGCAGAAGCAGUUGGCUUUAACAACGGAAAAUACCAAGUUGAAGAUAUUGAUGUAAAAGAAAUAAAUCGUAAUUUUACAUUACCUAAAAAAAACGUCGUACCUUUGCCGCUUAUGAGAGCCGACCCAGUUACAUGUCCAGACGCAUUUUUUUUUUGUGAUCAAUUUGUGUUGGCCAUGUAUCCUCAAACUACAUGUUUCUUCAAAGCUCUCGUCAAAGCUCCUCCCAAAACGAGUAUAGAUGGAUACGAAGUACUAUUUGAAGACGACUUCAAGCAAUAUACUAUAAUGAUGGUCGUAGCCCAACGUUAUGUUGUCCAAUACCCUCGCUCGUACCACGACUAAAUUUUGUCAUCCCUUGUCCUUAAAUAUUUUAUUAUUGACAUAAAUUUUCAUGUUAUAGUUACUUAUAAAAUGUAUAUCUAUAAAGAUUGUAUAAAAAAAAGAUGUAAAACAUAUCUUUAAUGGAAUAUUUUAGAUUUUAAGUAGAAGUCAUUGGUAUCAAAUCUUAGUAUUUUUUUAAAAAAUUUUUUAAUUUGUACUAACAAAAUAUUUUUAA